AUGUUCCCCGGUGUCGCCACAGAGGAGCUGCUUGUCGUCGCCGGCCCACGGUUACCUCGAGCCGCAAGGGGCGGGGUGGAGGGGCAGGGGCAGGAGGGCGCGGUUGCCUUCUCCGUUAUCAGCAUCGAACCGGAGAGGAACUCGCUCCGUGUGGGAACCCGGUCCCGGCGACCGGGUCCAGAGGAAGAGGUGGAGGUGGAGGAUGGAGGAAGGAGGGAGGGGACACGAGCCUUUGAGGAUGAGAACGAAAUGCACUGGCACCAGGUUGGAUCGAGAGCACUGGAGGUGCAGCCGUGGGCAGCCAACCAGCCGUCAUUCACAGCAGAACUCGGUCGUAUCAUCACACAUAUCACCAGGCCUCAGCUGAGCUGCUCCAGGGUUUUAUCUCCAGGUCAGGCUCAGGCAUCGCAGCCUCCUGCGGCUUCUCACCACUGGCUGUUGUGCGCUGAGGACUGGCUCCUUCCAGCUGCAGACAGACCGUGUGUCGCGUACUCCUUCAGUAUGGAUGGAAGAGAUGCAGACUUUCUAAAGACUGUGUUGGGGCUAGGAUGUGAAGUGCACAGUUUUGAUCCCAGCAACUCCAAUACAUCCAAUGGUCACCUUGGCAACAGUUUGGCUAGUAACCAUGGUGACGGAGGUGUGGUCAGCCAGCACAAGAUGUGGCUGGAGUGGCGCGCUCCAAGGAAGCGCAAGCACAAGACAAGAGGAAACCUGAGUAGUGUUUCUCAAACACUGGCACAUAUCAUGACAGCUCUGGGGCAUCACACAGUUCACUUUUUGUAUGCUGACCUGCUCAGCGCUGAGUGGCGUGUUUUCCAGAACUGGAUCGAGUCAGGAACUCUGCAGAGUGUCCAUCAUCUGGUUGCCACAGUACACCUGCAAUGGCCAGGGUUUGAGGUGGGAGGAAGCGAUGAGGAAGUGCUCCGCUAUUGGUUCAGCAUCCUACAGGGUCUCCAAGCUUCUGGACUCAAGCUGGUCCAUAGCUCUGCAGGAGAGGGUCACAGUGUCCUAAAACGAACAGUAGCAAAUGCUCACAGCUCCUACACACUCAGCUGGGUCAACACAAGAAACUGACACUCACAUGAAGCAUGAGCACAGGUGUACACACAUGACUAGACAUUAUGGAUGUCCUAAGACAAAAAGGAGAGGGGACUUACAAUAGUAAGUGGAGUUAGUCUAUGAACUUUUCAUUUUCCGGCACAUGCAUUUCUUAACAUGACAUCUCCCUCUAGUGGAGAUGAAAGGAUUUUAUUUUUCAUGACUCCACCCUCAGAGGGAAAUAAUGUUGUGUCUGAGCAUGAUACUGGCUAAUUUGACCAAAUAUGGAGCAGAGGGUGGACUUGCUGAUUUAACUGGGCAAGAGCGCAAUAAUAUAAUAAUUAGAUUUACAGAUUUUUAUUUUGUCUCACUGUCAACAGCAGAUAUAUGUAAAUGGUAGCUACUGCUCGACAGCUAUCUGGCAGGUACCAACACAUUUUCUUUUUUUUUUUUUUUAGUUGAACCAUGGUACUUGGUUGAAUCAAGUAUCGUAUCAUAUUAUUCUCAUCUAGUGUGACCCAUUUUACAUUAAUUGGAUCCAGCUCUGGUUUGAAUGUAAAUUCAACAAAUUAUGUAGAUUCAACUGAUUAUUUGAUGUAUUUGUUUUAAUAACAUGCUUUAUGUGCAAUAAUUGUUUACAUUGAAGAGAAACUUAAAUUAUAUUGAGACUGAGUGCCUACUGUGAAAUAUACAGAAAUUCUUCCAUUAUACUGAUGCAUUUUUGCACUGAACUGUGUACUGUAUAACAAAGAAAAAAACAAUGAAACUUUGUUACAAAUGUGCAUUUAUACCACAAUAAAAUCCCAAAUAAAGC